AUGUCGCCAAGUUUCGAGUGGCGGCCGAUAGGUCUCCUCCGCGACAAGAAACCAGAACAACCAAGCACUGUCGACUUUUCUCUCAUUGUACUCAACCAACCUGUGAGGCAGACGCCAGUUUUUGACUCACUAUGGGCAAAUGCCCUCACACGAGUUGCUGCAGAUGGCGGAGCAAAUAGGCUACACGAUCUGAACAAAGCAGCUGAGGCUCAAUCCCGCCCUCCAUACAACAACCUCGACGUUAUCAUCGGGGACUUGGACUCACUCCUCCCCUCCGUCAAGACCUACUACACAACGCUAGAAAAGCCAGCCCAAGUCAUACAUGAUCCCGACCAGUACUCAACAGACUUCGCCAAGGCUGUCUCAUGGAUUCGAUCAAACCACGGCCCCGAGACUGACAUCGUCGCUCUCGGUGGACUAGGUGGCCGCGUUGACCAGGGUCUCAGCCAGGUGCACCAUCUAUACCUCUUCCAGCCGGGCCCAGAUUAUGCCCAGGGCAAGCUGUACCUCGUCUCCGGCCAGAGCCUGACCUUCCUCCUCAAGCCCGGCCACCACAGCAUCUGGGUCCGCGAAGACGGCGAGGAUGUCUUUGGCAAGCAUGUCGGCAUCAUCCCGAUCGGCGGGACCAGCUACAUCACCACCAAGGGCCUCGAAUGGGACGUGGAGAACUGGGAGACCAAGUUUGGGGGCCACAUGAGCACCAGCAACCACGUGCUGCCCGAGACAAGGGUGGUCGAGAUCGAGACAACCGAAACGGUGCUUUUCACCAUUGCUCUUGUGGGCACUGAAUAA